AUGACUGGCCUGAGAGGGAAAUGACAAACAAUUCCUCUAACCACUUAGAAGAGCCCAAUUGUAAUGAGGUGACCAACCUGAAGGUGUGCAUUGAAUUAACAGGGCUCCAUCCCAAAAAGCAGCGUCACCUGCAGCAUCUUAGGGAACUAUGGGAGCAGCAGGUGUCACCAGAGAGAUCCCCGUCCGGCAAGUUGGGCCGGCAAAGCAGGAAAGAUUUAGCUGAGGCUGUUCAGCCAGAGGCCACUGCAAAGGUCAAAGACUUCACAGAAGAAAGGCACACCAAGAAAAGGUCAGAGGCCAAAAGCAAUAGAAGUUGGUCUGAAGAGUCCCUCAAAACAAGUGACAAUGAACAAGGCUUGCCCGUAUUCCCAGUGUCUCCGCACAUGAAGAGCCUUUCAUCCACCAAUGCAAACAGCAAAAGGCAGGCUCAGCCAAGCUGUACUCCAGCCUCGAGGUUGGCUGCCAAACAGCAGAAAAUUAAAGAAAGCCGGAAGACAGAUGGGCUGUACACAGACGAAGAGGAGGAUUUCCAACAUGCAUCUCUGCUGCAGAAAUACAGCGAGUGCGAGAAGCCAUCAGGGAAACGUCAGUGUAAAACAAAACACUUGGCACUGCAGGAGAGGAGAAGGAGGUCAUCUCUGACAGGGGAUGACACCACAGAUAUCGAAAAUGCUGAAGAUAAGGUCAUGGUAGCAAGGAAAGUCAGGAAGCGACCGGAGCCUACUUCAGACUGCGACUCCUCGCCAGCCAAGCCAUACGAGCAGAAGCCAUAUGAUCGCCUGCAGCAGAUUCCCUCGUUGCUACCCGUCUCGCAGCCUGCACAGCUGCCGAUUGCAAGCCCCCCUCAGGAGACCACCCCGAGCCGGCCCAUGCCACCUGAAGCGCGGAGGCUUAUUGUCAAUAAGAACGCGGGGGAAACGCUGCUGCAGCGGGCGGCGCGCCUGGGGUACGAGGAAGUGGUUCUGUAUUGUCUGGAAAACAAGGUGUGUGAUGUGAAUCAUCGUGACAACGCGGGUUACUGUGCCCUGCACGAGGCCUGUGCCAGAGGCUGGCUGAGCAUCGUGCGGCAUCUCCUCGAGUAUGGGGCAGACGUCAACUGCAGCGCUCAGGAUGGAACCAGACCAAUCCAUGACGCGGUUGAAAACGAUCAUUUGGAAAUUGUCCGCCUGCUACUGUCUUACGGUGCUGAUCCAACCCUGGCGACCUACUCUGGGAGGACCAUCGUGAAAAUGACCCACAGCGAGCUCAUGGAGACCUUCCUCACAGAGUAUUUAACUGACCUGCAAGGUCGAAGCGUUGAUGACCCUGGUUUGUACUGGGAUUUCUAUGGCAGCUCUGUGUGCGAUCCAAAAGAUGAAUCUGGAUUUGACAUCUUGGCGAAUCCUCCUGGGCCAGGUGAUGAAGAUGAAGAUGGCUAG